GGAUGCCAAUAAAUCUCUUGUCUGGAAAAGACUCAAAUAAGUGCUGAUGAGUGACAUCCAGGCAGACCAGAUGAAGAAGCAGAUAAAGAUGGUGGAGGAACCAUUGACUAUGAAGUCCACAGAUUUCAUGGUCGCUGCCUCAGCAGUCCCCAUACCUGCGGGAGGACGCUCAUGUCGGCCAUGAGGCGCACUAGAGAUGAGUGACGGGUCCAAAUCCACACCGAUCGAGAACACCACCUUCCGCUGAGCCACUUCACACCCGACCAUGGCUGUGGACACGGCCAAAACUACCACAAGUUUUCUUCCCACCGCUCCCCCGAGCGCCACCGUCCCCCUCCUGUCCACGAGCCCCGGGGCCAGAGACAAUGUCACCUCCAGAACACUGAUGACUGUGACGAUUACGGCAAAUGAGACCACUUUCAACGCCACCGCGUUUCCAGAGGUGGUGAUUGAAGGGUCCGGCAUGGGGAUGCUGCUAGUGCCCAUUGGCAUCAUCACUGUUAUCGGCUUAGCCGUGGCAAUAAUGCUGUAUGUCCGGAAAAGAAAGCGGCUCGAGAAGUUGAGGCACCAGCUGAUGCCCAUGUACAACUUUGACCCUGCUGAAGAACAAGACGACCUGCUGGAACAGGAACUGCUGGAUCAUGGAAGGGAAGGCAGCCUCUCGGGUCCGAAUGCCAAGACUCUCACAACCUCCCAGGGGACGACGCAGAGGCCCAGUCGUCUGGUCUUCACGGAUGUAGCCAAAGCUCUCAACGCGUAACGGGCCCGUGUCGUCGGCUGAUGUGCGUUUACGGGGCCCUGUUGGGCUCAUCGAGACUGUCGCUCAGGAAAGGAAAAAAAAAAAAAAUAAAUCAAGGGGAAACUGGGCUGUUUUGGAGAGUAACUGGAGCUCUGAUGAAUGCUUUCAUCGCCGCACUUGAAAUUUCCUUUUUUUUUUUCAUUUCAGAGAAUUAAAAAAACAAACAAACCACGAGGUGCAUGUUUGAAAAGGGAGAGAGACGGAAAGCAUCACAUAUGAUAUUGCACUGUUAUCGUUUGUAACACAAAUGCUGUGUGAUGCACUUU